CUCGGAUACUCCCAGGGAUCGAUUGCCGAAGGCCGGGCGGAGCGAGCGCGUGUCCUGCAGUCUUGGGCCGCACCUCCAUCCCCAUGGCUUCGCAAUGCGUGGACCCAAGAGGGCUGGGAGACGACGAGCUCCGCUGCCUCCUCAGAGAGCUAGACGAAGUGAUCGAAGACUUUGAUAACGGCAGCAGCUGUCAGUAUGAGGAACAUCUGGAGGAGCUCAAGCAGAAGAAUGGCCUUGGCGUCUAUGACAGUGGGAUCGAUGAAGCCGAGAGUACCAGCCCAUCUCCAGGGAGCAGCUUAAACACCAGUGAGGAAAACAUUCACAUGCCAGCAACUUCUUCCAUUCCCAAAGCUAAGCUUGGAGACACAAAAGACCUGGAGGAUUACAUUGCUGACCUCGACAAAGAGCUGGAGGAAAUGUGAGGCGCAGCCCUUGGUCGCCCAGUAGAGGGCCUCAGGAUGGAUUGCUGUAGAUGUGCCUGCCUGCAUACACCCCACAUAUUUGCUUUCUUCAUGGCCUUCCUCAGAAGGCUAGAGGGCAGAACCUCAGGGCCAGAGCAAGGGGCUUUUCCAGGGAAUGGCUGAGGCCACUGACUGGGAACCGCCAAUGGAAUCAUCCCCAGCACCCGCCGCCCAGUGAUGUUAUCCAGGAGUGCUGCUCUACCAAGCGCUGUAUCCUUUUAUCUAAUCGUGUUGAGGCCAUGUCUGUGCAGCUGGAGCCAAUCUGGCUGGUCUGGAUGAGAGAGUGCCCUCUUGCCAAGAGACUGAGUGACCCUGACCACAUUUUCCAUGUGUUGCUCCCUUUUUUUUUUUUUGGUGGGAGGAGGAGGACACGGGAGUCUGGAUCCGCGAUUUCAUCCGUGCUUGUGACUCCCAAAUCUAGAAUUCCCUCCGAUGAUGCAGACCCGCAAUUCACUGCCUCUUCAAAGUCUUUGAGAGUUGCCUGGGGCACCGAAAGGUUGUGCCUUGUCCAGAGUCCCACAGUUAAUAUGCGCCAGAGGCAGGAUUUGGAGCUGGGUCCUCCCUGCCCCCCACCCCCCCACAGCACACCAUUAGCUUCCACCAGGCCAAUAACUGACCCCAUCGCCUUCCCAGUCACACACGAAGCGAUGUUUGGCUGUUAGAACUGCUCUGAGCAUUUGAAUGCUAACUUGCUUGCUGCCAGAAGAGCGAAUAUUUGCUGCUAGCUUUGCAGAAAUACUUAGCAAGCGAGAAUCUCCCAACUGUGAGCCCAGACUGUUUUGUCUUAUUAUCUCAGUUCUGAAAAGGUCUACGAGUCCCUCAACAUGGGUCUUCCUUCCUUCCAGUAGGACUUAGUAGCUGGGCUUCCGGAGCUGCCAUGGCUAGAAAGUUCCUUCCCCCUGUAGCUGAGAGUCUGAGAGUUCUGAGAGUCUCCUGACCUUAGCCAUGCUGGCCUCUUGACAGUAAGCAUCCAGAAAACCCAGGGAUGGAACCUGGGUUUGAAGGUUGCUAGAACUUUCCAGAGCCCUCAAGAACCCAGGAGCAGCACCCUGACAAAACCAGGCAACCAAGAAGGACUUUGUAAAAUAAGGUGCUCCUAGGCCUCACUGCAGCUUAGAAAGCAAGGCCUUUCCAGGCAUUGUUAUCUCUCUGGGUCGCAGCCUGUCUAGAAAUUGGGUCAAGUGAACUUAAGAAGCCCUCCCUAUCCCCACCCCCACUUUUUUCUUCCUUGCCCAUGGCCUAAGACUGACUGAUGGGAGAGCAGUGAAGGACUUGUGCUGGCAACUCUGACCUAUGGGAAGAAGGGGAGGUGGGGGAGGCGGGGGAGGCAGAUGCCUGCCUCCCUCCCGGGAGAUAGAUCACAGCCAUGGAUACCAUCGACAGACGGCCCAUUCUGAUGGCAGGUAACAGCUUCUGCCCUGUACACAGAUAAGCCACAGUGAGCCUGAAUGAUCUGUACAUGGAUAAAUGGGAGUAGAAGCACUGUCCCCGAGCCGAGAGCUGGUGGUUAACAGCCCUUUCCUAAAAUCAGCCUUACACAUGCUUCUGCUGCUUAUCCAUCUAUGACCCUCUGGCACUGGUGUAAAUAUUGUGUAAUAGUGGUGAAUGUUGUCUACAAGUUAUCAUGCCAAUAUAUGGACUAAAAAUGAAAUGAAAUAAAUGUGUUCAUGAACAA